AUGGACGCAAGCAACGCUGCUCAUCUAUUUGAACAGCUUAGUGGAGAAGACAUGAGACACUUGGCCAGUCUCUCAGAUGACGAUAUCAGAAGACUGGCGCUUCUGGCCACGAUUCGCAUGUUUUCUCAGGGGGCCAGUCCAAUCCCAGGUACAGACGUAGAGGCACCUACAGACAACCUCAACACCGAGGACCAUCCUCAUAAAGACGAUUUCUGCAAUGAUUCUUCAUAUCCUUGCAACUCCAUCAACUCCCCGGGUGCCCCCUCCGACCUGCCUGAACGCUCUGUCCCUCAAGGAGCAUUUCGCGGGUUCAUCUUUGGCAGUAGUUCAAUGUUCCAGACUGAUUACCAGCUUUGCGCAGAUCACGCUCGUAUGUGUAGAGGUGAGUACUGGUCCGAGUCAGAAGAGUCAUCUGACUCGGAGGAGUCAUCUGAGGACGACAGUGAGAUGGAAGGGCUCGAUGAGCCCAUCAAGAUUUCAGUAGAUGAUUACAUCUAUCUUGAUGAGGAUGGAAACGAGUUGGACUCUGAGGGACCUGGUUUAUCAGAUUUGAGAUACGACUUUGAGAGUAUGGUCUGUUCAAACGAGGAGGACGAUAACAAGGAGUAA